ACGUCUUCUGGUGUUUGUUGCUGUUGGAGUUUGCCCUGGACCCUUUUCACCGACUACUGUUCUCCUCCCCCACCCAUCCUCCAUAAAUCGGCAUCACCUGCUCCAUCCUACAUCGGUGGUGAGAGCUUUCAUUGAUCAGCUUCUUCAUCAUCAUCUUCUUCUUCUUGGUGUUUGUGAGGUGGUACCCAGAGGAAGAAGCAGGUGGAGGACAGAGGGGUGGGAGAAUAUGGCGGCAGUGAAGAGGAUCAAGUUGGGGUCUCAGGGCUUCGAGGUCUCCGCUCAGGGCCUCGGCUGCAUGGGCAUGUCCGGCUGCUACGGCCCCCCGAAGUCCGAGUCCGACAUGAUCGCCCUCAUCCAUCACGCCGUCGACAGCGGCAUCACCUUCCUCGACACCUCCGAUAUCUACGGCCCUCACACCAACGAGAUUCUCCUCGGCAAGGCGUUGAAGGGGAUAAGGGACAGAGUCCAAUUAGCCACCAAAUUUGGGGCUUAUUUUGAAGGCGGGAAGGGGAACAUCCGUGGAGACCCAGCCUACGUGAGGACAGCCUGCGAGGGCAGCUUGAAGCGGCUCGAUAUCGAUUGUAUUGACCUCUACUACCAGCACAGGAUCGAUACUCAAGUACCCAUCGAAGUGACGACUGGGGAGCUGAAGAAACUCGUUGAGGAGGGGAAAAUAAAAUACAUCGGUCUGUCUGAGGCCUCUGCCUCAACUAUCAGAAGGGCCCACGCCGUUCAUCCAAUAACUGCUGUUCAGUUGGAGUGGUCACUGUGGUCGAGAGAUGUGGAGGAAGAUAUAAUUCCCACAUGCAGGGAACUGGGGAUUGGGAUUGUGGCAUACAGUCCUCUGGGACGAGGGUUCUUCUCUUUGGGCUCAAAACUGGUUGAGAACUUGUCGAAUGAUGACUUCAGAAAGCAUCUCCCAAGGUUCCAACCCGAAAACUUGGAGCACAAUAAAAAGUUAUUCGAUAGAGUGAACGACAUCGCACACAGGGAAGGGUGCACUCCAUCACAGCUAGCCCUCGCGUGGGUCCACCACCAGGGGGAUGACGUGUGCCCCAUCCCUGGGACCACCAAGAUAGAUAACCUUAAACAGAACAUUGGAGCCCUGUCCGUCAAACUGACAUCAGAAGAAAUGGCAGAGCUUGAAUCCAUUGCAGCACCUGAUAACGUGAAGGGUGAAAGGUACAUGUCAGAUGUUGCCACAUGGAAGAAUUCAGAGACGCCGCCCAUGUCCUCAUGGAAAGCUGCCUAAGAGGAGAUCAUUGAUCUGUACCAGGGUGAGUCAACUAUCAAGUUUGUGAAAUCAUAAUGCGUAAUUGUGUGCUGGUUUAGAAUAAUGUUGUGGUUUGAGCCGAAAGCCAACUUCUCCAGAUGAUGUUUUUGGCCUGAAAUAAUGCAAUAGGAAAAUACGGGAGUUACUGGUUCGGAAUGAAAUACUAGUCAAGCUACUUUCUAAAUGUGCUAAUCCAAGUUAUUUACUGCUACA